UUUGAAGUGAAUCAGCAAAAAUGGGGAAAGGAGGGAUGUCAGUAGAUGAUGAUCAUGGAGAAGAGCAGAACUUGGCUGCUUGGCUUGUUGCCAUUAACACACUCAAGAUUCAGCCAUUCAACCUUCCUCCUCUUGGACCCCAUGAUGUUAGAGUUAGAAUGAAAGCUGUUGGUAUAUGUGGAAGUGAUGUUCACUACCUCAAGACACUGAGAUGUGCACACUUUGUAGUUGAAGAGCCAAUGGUGAUUGGUCAUGAGUGUGCUGGGAUCAUUGAAGAAGUUGGCAGUGAGGUCAAGGCCUUGGUGCCAGGUGACCGUGUGGCGAUUGAGCCAGGAAUCAGUUGCUGGCGUUGCGACCACUGCAAGCAGGGUCGCUAUAACUUGUGCCCUGAUAUGAAGUUCUUUGCCACUCCACCAGUUCAUGGUUCCCUUGCUAAUCAGAUAGUGCACCCUGCAGACCUAUGUUUUAAACUACCAGACAAUGUAAGCUUAGAGGAGGGGGCAAUGUGUGAGCCCUUAAGCGUCGGUGUUCAUGCUUGUAGGCGUGCUGAGAUUGGCCCAGAAACAAAGGUGUUGAUCAUGGGAGCUGGACCUAUAGGACUUGUUACGAUGCUUGCGGCUCGAGCUUUUGGUGCACCUAGGAUUGUCAUAGUGGAUGUCGAUGACCAUCGUUUAUCUGUUGCAAAAUCUCUUGGUGCUGAUGAUAUUGUCAAAGUCUCAACAAACUCCCAGGAUGUUCCUGGAGAAGUUGAACAGAUACAUAAGGCUAUGGGAGCUGAUGUAGAUGUUACCUUUGACUGUGCCGGUUUCAACAAAACCAUGACUACAGCACUGAGUGCUACUAAGCCAGGUGGCAAAGUUUGCUUAGUGGGAAUGGGUCAUUCUGAAAUGACAGUCCCACUCACCCCAGCCGCUGCAAGGGAAGUUGAUGUGAUUGGUAUAUUCCGGUAUAAGAACACAUGGCCUCUAUGUCUUGAGUUUCUAAGGAGUGGCAAAAUCGAUGUGAAGCCCCUUAUAACACACAGGUAUGGAUUCUCUCAGAAGGAAGUGGAAGAAGCGUUUGAAACAAGUGCUGCUGGUGGUAAUGCUAUUAAGGUCAUGUUCAAUCUUUAGAAGAUACACAUCAAUCAAGCUCUUGGUUGUCUUCAUAAUUUGGGUUAUGAAUAACUCUAAAAAAAUUUGCCCCUGCCUUGUGUUAUGGAUCCUUCAAUGUUCUCAUUGAUAAGUGAAAAAUUCUGAAUUUUUUUUUUGCUGUGCAAAUAAGUUUAAGUGCUAUAUGUACGAGGGCACUACCAUACGAAAAUCUUGAAUGCUAUGAUGUAUCACUUAGUCUUGGUUAUUUAUCAUUUUAUUAUAGUUA